AUGCGUGUUCCUCAACUAUUAGACAUGCUUAGUCAGUCAGUUAAGGUGAAGUGUCAGUCGCCACAGCAGCAGCAGAAUAGGAGGAGGAAGCAGCAGAAAACUUCACUCGUGACGUCAGCAUCAGCAGGUUCCAACCUGUCGGGGCCCGCACACGUGGUGACCUCGGACUCUUCCACGCAGGAUCCUGUAGUACAGCUUCUCAGCAUGCUGGAGCAGGAUAGCGGGGUGCUAAUGUCAGUGCCAGAGACUGCGUUUGAGGCUGAGGCUGCUUCGCAGUACUGGACUCCUUCGUACGCGCCAUCCAUUUACUUCUCCGCGCUGCUGCCUGUUCCUGAAAUUGGAAAUUUGUCGUAA